AACAAAAACAAGACUGAAAUAUUCACAUAAUAAAAAAAGUGAAAUUAAUUCAAAAUCCAAAAUUGAGGAGGAUAAAGUUGUUAAAAUUUCGAAAAAACGUAAAUAUACUGAAAUAAUGGAUUUUAUUGAGCAUCGUAAUCACCACAAUAUACGUGGUACACCAUUGAAACAACACUGGCAAGAAAUUCAAUCACGUUCACCAACACCUGGAAUAAAUGAAUUGUCACCAUCACUAACACAACAACAACAACAACAUCAACAACAACAAACAAUAAAUAAUAUUAACAAUAAUAAUAAUCAUAAUCAUCAUGAUGAAGUUGAUAAUCGUGGUGAUGCAUUAAUUGAUUAUCAUUUUGAAUCAGCACGUCGUGAAUCAUAUAGAAAUUGGCCAUUGGCAUAUAUGGAUCCAUGUAAAUUAUCAGCAGCUGGUUUUUAUUAUACUGGUAUUAAUGAUCGUGUAAAAUGUUUUGAAUGUGGUAUUGAAAUAUGUCAAUGGGUUGAAGGUGAUAAUCCAAUGUCUGAUCAUCAACGUUGGCGUGCAAAUUGUCGUUUUAUACGUAAAAUACCAUGUGGUAAUGUUCCAAUUGGUGUUGAUCCAACAACAAUACCACAAGCAUCAUCAAGAAGUCGAGAUGUAUGUGGUACAUAUGGUGAAGAAAUAAGACCAAAUGCAACACCUGAUUUUCGUACAUUACAAAAUGAAUUUACAUAUCCAAGCUCAGCAACAUUAGGUAGUCUUGGUAUUGCUAGACCAAAAAGACCAGCACAUCCAGAAUAUGCUAGUUAUGAUGCUAGAUUAAGAACAUUUGAUGUAUGGCCAAAAAGUAUGCCACAAACUAAAGAACAACUUGUUGAUGCUGGUUUUUAUUAUACUGGUACUGGUGAUCAAACACAAUGUUAUCAUUGUGGUGGUGGAUUAAAAGAUUGGGAACCAGAAGAUGAUCCAUGGAAACAACAUGCAUCAUGGUUUACAAAAUGUUAUUAUGUUCUUACAGUCAAAGGACAAGCGUAUAUUAAUUCAGUUAUUGGACAAAAUGUAACUGCACCAACAAAAGAGGAAACAAUGAAAAUGGAUUUACCAAGUUAUAUACAAAAAGUUGAACAAUCAACAAGUCAAACAACAGAAACACCAAUAAGUCAUGAAAAUAAUAAUGAAAAAAAUGAAACAGAAAAACCAUCAACAUCAACAUCAGCAUCAGCAUCAUCAACAAGUAUAUUAACAAAUUCAAAUAAACCACAAAAAGAAAAAAAUUCAGAUGAUGCACGUCUAUGUAAAAUAUGUUACAAUGAAGAAUUGGGAAUUGUAUUUUUACCAUGUGGACAUAUUGUUGCAUGUGUUAAAUGUGCACCAGGUAUGGUGACUUGUGCUGUGUGUCGUGGACGUGUUGAUAUGACCGUACGUGCGAUUAUUUCUUAGUGCCUAUCAUACCAACUUUAAGUAACAACAUCAAUAUCAUUUUUUCGUUUUUCGUUUUUCGUUUUCUAUAAAUAUAUAUAUAUAUUUUUCUUUUCUUUUUGUCUUCAUUUAAUUGAAAAUAUUUAAAUAUAUAUUUCGUCGUUUAUUUUACGAUUUUGUAAAAUUUUUCUUCUCUUGUUCUAGUUCUUUUUUUGUUUUUUUUUUUUUUCGUGUUAUUUUUUUUUUUUUCUUUGUUUUCUAAAAUUGUUUUUUUUGUUUUUCUGUAUCAAAAUUAAUUGAAAAACUAAUUGAAAAUUAAAAAAAAUAAAAUGCCAAUUAUAUAUAUUUAAUAAACCAUGAUUACAAAUUAAUAAAUUAAAGUGAAAGUAUAUAAAAUUGCAUUUUUUUUAAAACUACUUUUUUAUUUCUAUUUCAAAUUAUUAUUUUUAAUUUUUCGAAAUAUUAAUUUUUCUUUAAAAUUAAUCGAACAAAUACCAAGGAAAAUUAAAAUUUAAUUUAGGCAUAUAUAUUAUCUAAAAUUAAUAAUAAUUUGAAAAAAAAAAAUACCACAAACAGGGAAGUACGUAAUUUGUUUUUACUAAAAACUUUUGUAAUAUACAAAAUUAUAUUUUUUAUUUUUCUUCGGCUAUUUCGAAAUGAAUAAUUAACCGAUUGGAAAUAAUAAAUAAAAAAAAUCUAGCCACAUAGAAAUUGCCAAAAAAAAAAGAAAAAAAAAGUGCAUUCAAAUUUGAAACUAUUUUUUUUAUUUAUUGGGUAAAAAACAAGAAAAAAAAAAAACAAUUUCUUAUCCAAGAAUUAGUGGUUAAUGUUUUUUAUACUUAAAAUUUGAAUGAUAAAGAAAAACUUUUUUUUAAAAUGGUUAAAUAUGAAAAAACAAAUAUAAAAAAUAAUAAUAAAUUAAAAACUUCACGUGACAUUAAUGACGUUGAAGAAUACGCCCUGUGUGUGGAUGUGUGUGGUGUCGUAGUUUCUGUUUUUAAAUAAAAUGCGUAUUAGUGACUCACAUUGGCAUCGCAAUAUUUAAAAUAUAAAAAAAAUAAAUUAAUAAGCACACACACACACGCCAACCACGCAUAGUUAUACGUUCCAAAUAAGGUCACCAUAAAAAUAAAAAAAUAAUAAAUUUAAAAACCAACAAGUAGUAAAAGAAAAAUAAAAAAAUUCAAUCAUUGAAUGACUGAAUGAACGAAUGUGACGAUAUACAAAAAUUAAUAAAAUAAAUUUAUCAUUUUUCUUUCUGUUAAUUUUUAAAAGUGCUGAAAUUCAUACAGAUUUUAAUUUGAUAAAUGAAAAUUUAUAUUGUAUAAAAAUACAAUGGUCAAACGACAAAUGAUAAUGAGAUGAAUUAUAUAUUUUAGCGUUAACGGGUUUAUUGGGUAAUUUGCCAUUUAUUAUUAUUAUAAACUCCGGUUAUUUACAUAUUCAUUUGGUCAAAAGAAAAACACCACAGUUUUUAUUGACAAUUAUUAAUUACUAUUCUUUUUUUUUUUUUCUCACUGUAAUGCUGUAUGGGUGAUAAUACUGCUCUUAAAUUGAACACAAAAAUAAUGUCUCAAUUUAAUUUUUCAAUAAUUACAUUCAAAAAGUUUCAUUUUAUUAUCGAAAUUUGAUUAAAUAAUAUUGUUCAAUUGUUUUUUAAAUUUGGAAAAUAAUUUUAUCAAAAUAUUGACAUUGUUUAUUGAUAACCCAGCUGUUAUUAAUAAUUGUAAUUUUUUAUUUUUGUCUUAUUUUGAAAGCACGUUACAAUGCAAAUGAUUAUCAAUUUUCAUUAUGUCAUUUAAAAUUUUGCCGAGUAAUAAAUAAUUUUAUGCUUGGAUUAAAUAAAUUUUUGGGUAUUCUAGAUGAUAAUUAAUAUCAUCAAACAAUUGAACAAUUUUAAAUAAAAGCAGUAAUGAAUUUUUUUAUAUUUUUCUUUUCGUUGUGAUUAAUAAGUAUUUAUAGUUUUUAUCUUAUUUUUUUUUUUUAUUCGUCAAUAACAAAAUUUGUCAACCAGAGUAAUAUUAGUUUAUAAGAAAAUUAAUCAUCUUUUAUUUUUUAAAAAUUUAUAAUUAUAAUUAUUGUGACUAUUUUUUGCUAUAAAAAUGAUAAAAUUCCUUUUGAUUUUAUUAUUUAUAUAUCAUUUAAUAUUAUUAUUUUAUAUUAUUUCACUGAAGUUGCUGUGAGAGUUGGAUUGUUUUGUGAUCAAGACCACUGACUUAAUUUGUUUAAAAGAAAAUAAUUAUUAAUAAUAAUUAACAAAUGAUCAUGUCAUAUCAAAUAGAUAUUUCCAAAUGAAUAUAUAAAUUUUUUUCUUGGAAUUAUAAAGAGUGUAUCAAUGUUGUUAAUCCAAAAUUUAUAAUAAUUAAAAAAAAAAAAGUAUAUAUAUAACUAUUUUUCACUAUAAAAAUCAAA